AUGAAGAUCAUCCAACAAGAGCUGCAAGAGAUUGUGAAGAAAAUGGAGAUCCAUCAUCAGAACCAGAUAAACAAAGAGGAAGAGACAGAAGCUGAGAUAGCUAAAUGGAAAAAGAUUUACCAUUCAGGGGAAGGAAUGGAAGCUGAGAAAGCUAAAUGGAAACAGCUUUACUACUCUACCUUGGAAAAGGAGGAUGGAGUCCGUGACAGCCACAACAGAUCACCACCACAACAUCCACCGACUAACAAGGAAGAAGAAGCAUCAUCAAAACUUUCUGAUUCGGAAUCGGAAUCGGAAUCCGAGUCAACACCGCAGCUUCCACGACCAAUGUCACUGCCGUAUACACCAUCGCUAUUGCCACCACCGUUGUCACCACAACUAUCGGGAUUUGAAGCAAAUGGCGAAGGAAUGACAGGUCCAAUUUUGCAACAAGAAGAAUCGCACAAGAAACAGAACAUCCUUGACGAGAUGAAUCCGGAUUGUGCGAUUCUGGUACCAGACCAAUCUUCAAAGAGAGGAGACGAGCAGUGCUUGGCUAUUUCUCAGCUCAGAAAGAAGACAGACUGCAAACGGAGCGUCGUUAUGACGGCUCCGUUAAAUGGAAUGUCUGACCACGUAAUAUUAGGUCAAGUGCUAAAUGGGCUUAAUGAACACAUUAGGGAUGAAAUAAGAAUUUUGUGCCCACGUGAUCUGGACCAAGCUAUGAAAUGGGCAAUUAAGUUAAAGGAUAAAGAAAGCCCAGGCCUGCAAAAGUCAGUAACGACUAGAAACCCUGCUCCCAUGGCGAUCUCUCCACUUUUCACGUUUUCUUUCGUCUCCUUGCCACUAAAUCUAUCCGCUCCGAAGGUUUACCCUUCAAUAUGUUGGCCACUACACUUGAACAAGAAUACAAAGGUUACCCAUUCUUAUCUUCACCUUGAGGACAAGGUGAAAGUUUGGGCUGCUGGUAUUGAUAAGCCCCAACUUAGCCUUGAUUGCUUUUAG